AGAGAUAGCCAGCCAGCCAGCCGGGAAAGAGAGAAUCUUUUAUCUUUUGGGGAUCAAAACUUGUAAUUGGUGCAAAUGGGUCUUCUUCUAAUUAGCACGUUUUGCAAUUGAUUUUUGGAUUUCAUAUUUAUCGGCCCCCAGCAAAACCUUUAAUCGUAAAAGUUAGAUUACUUUUUGCAGAGAUCCUUUUCUGCCUUCGACGGUAGGUGAAGGUUCAUGCAUUCCUAACCUUCUUUUAUAUUCAUUUUUUUGAGGUUGGUGAGUUCGAACCAGAGGAGAUUAAAACAAAGAGAGAGAGAGAGAGAGAAAUAACAAAGUAAACGAAAGAUGGGUUCCAAUGGAUUGCUAGCAAGAAGGGUUAUUGCUACAGAGGCGCCGGUAAUGGUUCAGAUUCAGAAAGUGAUCCGAGAAUCUAAAGAUGCUGUUUCUCUUGCUCAGGGUGUUGUGUAUUGGCAACCACCAAAACAAGCUUUAGAGAAGGUUAAAGAACUCAUUUGGGAGCCGUCUAUCAGUCGCUAUGGUGCCGAUGAAGGCUUGCCUGAGCUCAGGGAGGCAUUAAUCACCAAGAUACGCAAUGAAAACAAUUUGCACAAAUCUUCUGUAAUGGUUACUGCAGGUGCAAAUCAGGCUUUUGUGAACAUAGUUCUUACAUUAUGCGAUCCUGGAGAUUCUGUCGUCAUGUUUGCUCCCUACUAUUUCAAUGCGUUUAUGUCAUUUCAGAUGACAGGAGUUACUGAUAUCAUUGUUGGCCCUGGCGAUCCCGAUACACUUUACCCUGAUGCAGAGUGGCUAGAACGGAAGUUGAAGGAAAGUAAGCCGAAGCUGGUUACUGUUGUUAAUCCUGGGAAUCCAUCAGGGACAUACAUUCCUCAACCACUUCUAAUGAAAAUUUCCGAUAUCUGCAAAAAUGCUGGCUGUUGGCUGGUUGUGGACAAUACUUACGAGUACUUCAUGUACAGCGGACUUAAGCAUUCAUGUGUGGAGGGAAAUCACAUUGUGAAUAUUUUCUCAUUCUCCAAAGCUUAUGGAAUGAUGGGUUGGCGAGUUGGAUAUAUAGCCUACCCGUCGGGAGUAGAGGAUUUUGGAGCUCAACUUCUGAAAGUCCAAGACAACAUUCCAAUUUGUGCUGCAAUAAUCUCCCAAUGGCUGGCCUUAUACUCGUUGGAGAUGGGACCCGGGUGGGUAACCGAGCAGGUGAAGACUCUUGUGAAAAACAGGGACAUUGUUCUAGAUGCAUUGUCUCCUCUUGGGAAGGAUGCUGUUAGAGGAGGAGAAGGUGCAAUUUACCUCUGGGCGAAACUACCCAUUAAUGAAGAUGUGGAGGACUUUGAGGUGGUUCGCUGGCUGGCUAGGAAACAUGGUGUGGUUGUGAUCCCAGGAAGUGCAUCUGGAUGCCCGGGACACAUUAGGGUCUCGUUUGGAGGAUUGGUGGAGAAAGAUACUCGUCUUGCUGCUGGUCGACUCAGAAAAGGGUUGGAAGAGCUCGUAAAGGCGGGAAUAGUUGAAUAGUUGCAGAGUUGAUCCAUCUUUGCAAGAUUGAAAUGGUUUAUGGUUGUUUCAUUAACAAUAAUACUAUUAAUAAUAAUAUGAAACAAAAAGAAAGAAUCAAAGGUUUUAUGUAUUUGUUCUUAUGCGGAAUAAUAGUAUGAUUGUUUCAA